UCCUAAAAAGCGUUGCCGAGCGAAGAAUGCGCAUGGUUCCUUGUGUUUUCGGUCGACCCCGUUUAAUUUGACCGCAGCCCACCCUGCUGUCGUGUUUGCGGGACCGACGUUACCCAGCUUUCGCCUCCGCGAACGUCAUCCGUCGUUGUCCGCGCCUCAACUUCGCCGCCGUGGCAGCUCCCCCUCCCCACGCCAUGCCCCCCCGUGUCCAGGCGAGGAUCGCUGGUGGACGUCGUCCUGCGUCAAUCAUCGGCGGCGGCGGUGCUUACCGAUCAUGAGGCGUCACCGCCCGUCAACGACGGCUCGCGAAACCUGUGAGAGCCGGCGUCACGGUGUCUGACGCGCCCGCGUAGUUGACUUACGCGUCUAUUUACAUCACCGUCGGUGUCAUUUCGGAACUCGGUUGAUUUCCCUUCUCGCCAUGGAUCAGACGGAGAACAACGUUCAGACCUUGUACAGCAUGGGAUUCGUGGACAUCGAGGAGAUCAGGAACGCUCUGCGCAUGAGCCAGAACGACCUGAGUGAGGCGGUGGCCAUCCUGACCAACGAUCAGGUGCGAUACGGACCCUACACAAGCGCCGGCACGUCGGAAGACGUCGAGAUGAAGGACGUCACGUCGACCGCGCUCGUGCCCACCGCAGCCCCGCCUCCCUACAACUCGCUGCCGGACGCCAAGCCGUGCUCUCCCAAGCCGGACUAUGGAAACUCUGCGUUUCCCCAGGCAAACCUGUACGAGCUGGAGCAGCGUGUGUUUGUGGACCAGUGGUCCAUCCCGUACAAGAAGGACGAGUCCCUCGCCAAGUGCCUAAUUGCAGCUACAAACCUGGCCAAAGAAGGUCAAUGCGAAUCAAACUCCGACUGUAGGAACUUCAUGGAGUCAUGCAUGCCUGAGUGCUUUCGCAAGCUCCUAACUGCACUUGCAGUCCGCAACUGGCAACCGGAUGUUCAGGAGGGCGUGUACAACAUGCUGAUGCUACUUAUUGACCUGACGGUCGAGCGUCUCAGCUACAAUCCCGUCCCUGAGAAGCUUCUCUCUAUUGUGCUGACUAUGGCCUUUGAUCCCGAGGCCGAGUUUCAUGUCAAGAACAAAAGCCGGCUAAGCACACUAGAGCAAGGGCUUGUAGUCUAUGCAAAAUCAAGGGUUUCCCUGGAUCCUUACGGUUGGCUUUUAGAUGUCAUUAACAAGUUCGGGAGUCGAGGUGGCUUUGAUAAGAUACUGACCAAGUUUGGAGAAAACCUCACGGCAAAUGAGAUGGCUGCCCUGCUGAAUCCUUUAGCCGUGUGUGCCCAGUUCCUCAACCCGGACACAACCUGCUCGCUUCUUUCGCCCUGCAUGAAUAAGGCCAUCAGCUACAUCAAGGGGCUCACGGAUGACGACCUCAAAAACAAGAACAUUGGUUCAGUGACUGAGCUGCUGAAGGCGGUGAAGAUGCUGUGCGUCUACCUAUGGCCUCAGGAGAUUGCGAGCACGAGCACGCUGUGUCUCGAUGUUAUCCUGCGCAUGCUCAAGUGCUCGCACUUCAACGCCCGCAUGAAUGGUCUCAAGGAGUUAAUCAAGCUCAUUGACGACUGCUCAGCGACAGGUGCAUCAUCAAAGGCAGCCAUCGAUGCUGAGCAGCUACAGAAUUGGAUGGCAGAAAACAACGUCCUCUCCAUCACACUUGAGAGCAACAUAGAUCAGGCUCAGUACAUGGACAAGAUAAAGAGUAUAAUUGAGUUUGUUGGGCAGCGACUUUCUAUCGAGGAAUUGACGAAGAUUUGGUCCAUGCAGGACCGGCAGAACUGCCAGGUGGUGGACAACAUUCACGGCAUCAUGGCAGCCGCGUCGACAAAGUUCAGCCAACAGCAGUUCGAUCAUCUCCUCACCCUAAUUAGCAAGGCUUGGAGGGGCAGCAGCGACAUCACGUGGCGGCGCCUUCUCACCUUCAUUGGCAAGCUCGGCAAGGAGAGCAACCAAGGGAAGGUCUCCACCAAGCUGCUCGACCUUCUGUGGGAGCUCUUGCACCUCAACUCGCUUCCCCAGGCCCAUGUUGAGCAGUUUGUCGAGGAGUUCUUCAGCAUCCUCUCCGAGAUGGGCAACAGAGACAGCGCGAAACGCCAAUACGUCACCCGCUGCGUUGAUGACAUUAAGAAGAACAUGUGUGUGAUUCCUGCUCUGAAAAUGUUGCGGCACAUCAGCGGAGCCAAGGGAUCAGCUGGUAGCAAAGGUCCACCUUACAAGCAAGACAAGUUCAUCUUCUCUGAGCUGAACAGGAGCCACGAAGUUGUCAAGCUGGUCUCAACCAGCCUGGCGACGUGCCACCGCGAUGCUGUGAAACUGGCCAACGGCAAGUCGGCCCUGCCCCUCGUGCUGGUUGACGGCAUCUAUUCGCAUAAAGAGCACGUGAUGGCGCACCUAGACUUCCUCCAGUUCCUCCUUAAGGACGGAUCCCAGUACCUGCCUUGGAAUCGGGCCAGGGAAAUCUGGGACACGCUAGUCACCAAUCCGGAUGCCUGUAGCUCAGACCGAGAGAUGUGCUUCGAGUGGUUUGAAAAGUGCCUUCCAGACCUCGAAUCCGAGACCCAGUCUCUGCUGUUUCAACACAAGUUACUCAAGAUGGAGCCCUCCCAAGUCAGCUCGAAAGCUUUUUCAUGUUUCAAGACCUACUUCGAGCACGUCAACAUCCAUGAGAGUAAACUCAAGAAGCGGCCUGGUGUCUUGAUAGUGGAGAAGCUGGAGCUGUCCGGAAUCGACUUCCUGUGGCAGAUUUCGCUGGCCGCACCCGAAGAGGAGAUUGCCGAGAUGGCCAUCGACUUCAUCCUCGACCUCUCCUACAAGUACCUGUCGCCUAGGCUCAAAAAGGACGUUGUAUCUCUUCAUCACCGCUUCAUCAAUGAGUGCUACAACAGGCUGAAGGCAGUGGCAGAAACCAUUGGGGACACUGCCAUGACAACGGCCGUGUCCAAUGCCACCAAGACGUUGACCGCUAUGGCGGUGUCAGAGGCCAUAUCCUUGUCUUUGCCAAAACGGACCAACAGGUCGCAAAACAUCUGCCGUCUGUUACACCUGGCGGAGCGGUACAUCUCAUCCAUCGAAGGACAGCACUCGGUGCCGAGGGUAAUUCUGCCUCACGGUGCGUCUUUCUACGGCUUUCCGGUCACCCUGUGCAUCGUAAGUGACACCAUCAAGGACACCGUCAAGAUACGGUGCCACAGCAAUGCCACUGUGGGCUCCAUGAAAGAGACAGUGGCCCGGCUUUUCAAGCAAAUCCCCACCAACCUGCAGAUUUCCAUGGAUGACAUUCCGCUUCCAAGCACAGAGGACCAAAAGAGGCUGUCGCAGUACAAACUCAAGGACAACCAGAAGAUCCAUGUGAAGGUCGUCGGCAGUGGACUAAUCCUGCCAUCCGAAAUUGAGGAAGACUCGGUUGUUCCACUGGCCACGUCUCAAAUGUCUACGAUGCCAGCCGCAACUGCCUCUCCCUCAGCUGGUCAGCAGCCAUCGUUUUAUCUGGAGCAGGAGAAGCAGCUUCCUGGUGUGGUCAUAUCAAGUGGCGGCAACGUGUUCGAGAUGUUGUACCAGUUGGCAAGCAUGGACGAUCCAAGGAUAGCUGAACAGGUUCAGACGCUGCUGCACCUGAUUCCUGCUGACCCUGCAGUGAUCGAUGCGCUCGACCAAAUCUGUAUGAAGUCCUCUUCAACAACACCACCUGUGCCGCCUCCCAGGCUGUCGGGCAGUCCCAAGAAGAGCGGUUCCCCAGCACCGAGGGAGAAGACACCGGUCGAAGGGUCGGACGUCGUGCUCCGCAGGUUGCUCGACCCAAACGGGAGAAACCCUUUUCGCCUGCUGUACAACCUGCAGGUUCUGAGUGCCCGGUUGAUGCCAACCAACCAGGAUGCUUGCUCCAACGUGUUCUGCGAGAACUUCCUCCAGGCAGGCGGACUCUCCCACGUGCUUCGGGUGCUGCACAGGGAUGGCCUUCCCCAGGACGUGGACUACGCCGUGCGCCAGGGCAUCUACUUCACUGCACUGCAAAUAACUAGGUUCCUAAUUUGUGGCCAGAACGUCCCACACGCUCUGCAAAGUUCGUCUACGUCGUCCGUGUCGACGACUUGUGGCGCGCCGUCGCCCGUGAAACCCACUACGCCAAAGAAGCUGCAGGUAGACCUGGUGCGAAUGACCCCUUUUUCAACUUUGACACCUAUCAUCAAGUCUAUGAGCCGUGCCUUGCUCGAAGAGGUGGUUGAUACGCUGGUGCGCGUGGCGUGGGCAGCUGCGGCGGGUCAGCUACGCCUGACCAACUCGCCGUUGCCCACCCGGGAGGGCACUCACUUUGCGGCCACGACGGCGGGACGGCGAAGCCGCCAGAGCAGCACAGGCAGUGCUACCAGCAGUGGCAGCGACGGUGAGAGCUCGCUCGGCCUUCACGGUGGCAUCUGUGUCAGUCAGGACACGGUGGAUCGCAAGGAUGCACUCCUGGCUCAAGAGGCCCUCAGCUUUCUGUUCUCCUGCUUGGAGCUCAGGGAGGACGUUUCUGCCUGGUUCUGUGAGCUCCCUUGUGUGCGUGACUUUGUGCUGGACGUGCUGCUGGGCUGCGGCAGCGAGGAAGUGAGAUGUGCGGCACGCGACGGUCUGCACCGGCUGAGCCGCACUGUUGGCCAGACCCCCUUGCGGCCGUUCCUGCUGCAGCUGCUGCUCAAGGCGCAUCUGCCACUCUGGGUGCCAUCGAGCUACACCCGAGGCUCUAACCAGAGGUUACUUGGGCAAUGUGUCGAGUACUUCGACCUUGCCUGCCGGCUCCUGGCUGACUCCAAAGGUGACGCACCCGUGGACGUCGCGCAGAUGCUCGAGGACGAGAUCGCCUGGCUACACAGUUUCUCGCCGUCCGACAGCCCGCACGACCGCAGCAUGGACGCCACGCUCAUGACGGGCCACUUUCACCUCGUCCGCACGCUGGUCGCCUGCAACGGCGACGAGCGCAAGGCUGACGUCGGCCAGAGCCUCGUGGCCACCCUGCUCGAGUCAUACUUGUUUCCGGCCUCGAGCCUCAUCGAGAAGAGCGCCAAGGGUGACACGCCCGAGCCCGCCGUCAAGCCCAAGUGCGCCGCCGCCGAGCCUCGCACCGCCGCCUUCAGCGUCCUCGUCGAGCUCGCUCGCUGCUGCCCGACCAACCUGGAAAGGAUUGUUCGGUGGCUCGUCGACAGGCACCAUCAGCUCAAGUCUGAGCUCAUCAAGGAGUUCGAAUACGAGCCGCUGAUUGCGGGGCGUGCCGAGAGCGGCUAUGUGGGGCUCAAGAAUGCCGGUGCCACCUGCUACAUGAACUCAGUGCUGCAGCAGCUGUUUAUGCAGCCAGGGCUUCAGGAGGCCGUGCUCGCCAUCGAUUCGGACAAAGUCGAGGAAGAAAGCCUGCUGUUCCAGACGCAGUCAGUGUUUGGCCACCUGCUCGAGUCCCAGAUGGAGUACCACGUGCCGGAGCAGUUCUGGCAGUGCUUCCGGCUGUGGGGUGCACCCGUCAACGUGCGCGAGCAGCAGGAUGCCUUUGAGUUCUUCAACCACCUGCUGGAUCAGGUGGACGAGUACCUCCUCAAGAUCGGCUGCGACCCCGUCUUCAAGCCCUUCUACGAGGGAACUUUCUCUGACCAGAAAAUAUGCCAGGGAUGCCCUCACAGAUAUGAACGUGAGGAGACCUUCUUGGCCCUCAACUUGCCCGUAAAGAGCCAAAGCCUAAAGGAGUCCCUAGACCAGUUCGUCAAGGGAGAGCUGCUGGAGGGUGACAACGCAUACUUGUGCGAGAAGUGUGGCCAGAAGCGUAAUACAGUCAAGCGAACAUGCAUCAAAAGGUUGCCCCAAGUGCUGGUCAUCCAGCUGAAACGGUUUGGCUUUGACUGGGAGGCCAACCGGGCGGUCAAGUUUGACUACCACUUCAAGUUCCCAUGGUCCCUGGACAUGUCUCCGUACACCCUCCACGGGGUCAUGGAGCAGGAAGGCCGCUCAGCAGGCGGAGGGGACCCCUUGGACGAAGUGUUCAGGCGGCCUCCGCCGGCAGUUUAUGACCUGGCCGGUGUCGUGGUGCACAACGGUCAGGCCAGCGCUGGUCACUACUACUCGUACAUUCGUGAACGCAGGAGUGACCCCAGGUAUGUGGCUCGCAAGAACACCUGGUACAAGUUCAACGACACAACGGUGGAGCAGUUUGAUCUGAACGACUCGACGCUCGAAACUGAGUGCUUCGGUGGCACCUACAAGGCUAAGGUUUCAGACUCUGCAUCGUGUUAUCCCGAGACUCGGCAGCGCCACUGGAAUGCCUACCUUCUCUUCUACGAAAAGCAGGAGGACUCACGGACACCUCGCACGCCACACAAGACGCCCGGCCGCUUCUCAUUCCGCAGGGACCCCAAGGACCCGACGCCGGUCAAGUCAGCAGUGCGGCGCACGCCCAGUGCGUCAUCGGCGGCCGGCACUGCCCGCCAGCGCGGGGACAGCCUUAGCCAGCUGACGCGGCUGGUGGAUCACGGGGAGCGGCAGGGCUGGUUCCCGUCCCACAUGCCCCCACAUAUUGGCCAGCAGGUGCGAGAGCAGAACCUCCAGUUCGCUCGCAACCGGGACGUCUACAACACGCACUACUUCGAUUUUGUGGCCUCCCUCACAUCUAUCAACCUGGACAACAUGCAGCACCCGGACUAUGAGCAGCUCAUGGUGCAGAGCCUCAACCUGGCGGUGAACUUCUUUCUCAACACCUACCUCAAGUACAAGAUGAAGGACAGCUCGGUGGUUGGCGAGUGGGUCAAGUGCAUCGAGACCAUCAUGUCACUGAGUGAGGCUGCUGCAUCGUGGCUCCUCAAGUACAUCGCCAACGCAGGCCAAAGUGUCGUCAAGCUGUACCUCCUGGAGUGCCUCAACAAGGAAGUGAGGCACACGUUUGCCCAGAUCCUGGAGAAGGCGCUGGUCUUCUGCCACAAGCUUGAAGGGAGUCGGGUCGAUCUAGAUGUGGUGGGUGCCUGCCUGAUCAACCUCCUGGACCAGGAUGUCGCUGACAACUGCUGGCACUCAUCGCAGUACUUUGGCCUGCUCAGCAACUAUGCACAGCUGGGUUCGAAAGCGUGCCUGCAUCUUUUCAAUCUGGGUGCCUUUGAGAAGCUGAUGGCCUUCCUUUUGGGACCUCUUAGUGCCAAUAUGGACUCAGAGGAUUUUUUCACCCGGCGUUGGAGCCACACGCAAAUCCAUGAGUUUGGGUACCUGCACAGCACCUUGAUCCACCUGAUUCUUGCCUGCGACCUGAGCUGCCUUCACACAUGUGAGCCGUCAGAAGAAUACCCCCAGCCAUCUGAUCUCCUUCCAAUGCCAGAGCUGGUACGCAAAGCGCUGUCUGGACCAGGGGCAUGUCGGUACCUGCGAGAGGUUGUGUCAGCCUGCCGGGAGACGACGGGCUUCAUGGACACCCUCGUGCAGCUGGUUGUGCAGGGCAGCUUCUGCAAUGAGCCUUUCUCGAGCCUUGUUAUUCGACUCAUUAUGACUCAGUACUCCACGGUUCCAUCAAACGAGCUUAAGAACCUUUCACAGCUUCUCUUAGAAUUGAUGAAAGUGGAGGACCCUCUUCAGUUCAGCCGGAUCAAGCUGGUCAUCGACGGCUCACGGGAGGAGAAGGCUGAGUUUGAUGGGCUGCUAGAAAUCAUCAAGUCCAACCAGAACAACGACAGCCGCCGGUCAUAUCAGGGUGUGAAGUUCCUCGUCACCAUGGCCCAUAGGUGUCAACACGCCAAGGACUACCUGCUACAGGCCCCGCCCACGUGGCAGUGGUCUGUGAACUGGCUGAAGCAGACCAUGUCUGAGUUCAACACCCAGUGGAGCAGCAACACCUCUAACGAGGACUCCAACACCAAGACCUUUCAGCGGACCAUCAGUGCCCAGGACACCCUUGCGGAAGCAACGGCGCUGCUCACCGAACUGUCUUCGCCGGAGGCAGCCGAACUCGGCAUGGAGAUGGACCAAGACGACGCGGAGGACGAGGACUCGCGGUUGAAGAGGACGCGAGGCUUGGAAGACGUGUUCAACUACGUCGAGGUCAAACCUGAGUGAUAGCCUUGUGCAGUCCCAGUUCUGCACUGCUGCAACGCUGUAAAGAAGUGAAUACAUCGCCAUGCCCAAUGCCCUACACUCCCCCUUGGAGCUGGGUGAAUUUGGUCGUUACACCACCCAGGUCCACCAAGCCGGGAAGCACGGGCAGUGGCGGCAGCAGCAUUCCUACAGGACUUGGCAAGCAUGUUGCAUUGCCUUAUGCAAAGACUAGCCGUCAGCAAAAGGAGUGUUGGGAGUAUAGUACCUGCUUUGCGAGAAUGUCGCGAUGGAUUUUUUUAGAGUUUCAUGCGUGCGUGUGGCAGUGCAUAUCAAGUAGGGCAAUUUUGUGCCUAGUUAUUUCAGCAGGUCGACCUCCCACCCUCACCCCCUUUUCUGUAGAGUUGUCCUCGAGUCUGCCUUCUAGGCUGCGUGUUUCUACUGUGGUGAGUUGCUCUCGAGCAGCUUCAGUGUUGCAUGCGAUGACAUCUGUGAGCGACCAUGAAACUGCAAGUGUGCCCUAAUGAAGCUGUGUGUGUGUGUGUGACAUGCGUCACUCAUAUGAUUCUGUGUGGAUGGUAAUGUUUGAUUAUGCCUUUCUUUUUUUUUUUGCUGUUUUUGCCAUUUGACAAUGCCAUUAGUGAGGCGUAGUGCCUGCUCAUGUUUUGCUACUAGUAAUGUUCUGAGUGAUGCUGCAAUCGGACGUGUUAUCCCUUGUGAGAACGGUAGGUUCAGACACUGGGCAUAUUCAGAAUGCCCGUCAUACCCAGUACACCCAGUGCCCGUCAUGCUUCGCCACUGGAUGUAUUCGGGUUGCUUAGAGGCGUCUGGUGGUCGAUGUGUGUAUUGCGCAAAGGCAAGACCAAGUUCUUUGAGGUUCUCAGUCAUUGGUGAGAUUUGGGGGCCAGUGUUGGCACGCUUGUACUAGUAAUGAUGUAUUCAAGACUGGCCACUGCCAUACGCAUAAACACCGGGCACACCUCAAUCAUGUCUGCAACCGUGAUUCUUCGUUGACGCGCGCAUUGUACUACGUGGAUGUUGAAGGGCUCCAUUAGAGGCACGCAGAUCAAGGUAAAAGAACCCUUUCAUUUUUUUUUUGCAAUAAAUGGCACGCACAUGGA